UUAAAAAAGAUAACAAACUUAUAACAAAACCUGAAAUGCAAAAAGCCAGCAGUAACUAUCCUUGUUACUUUAAAUUCAAAUGUUUGUCAGUGCCAUUAGAUGAAUUUGUUUGGGAUAUAAAACAGCGUUUAUUUGAAUCAUUACCUCAACAAUUAAAUCAGUAUUUUAAUUAUGGACUUUUUCUUCCUCCCUGUGAUGGCAGGGCUGGCAAAUUUUUGUUAGAUGAUAGACCUUUACGUGAUUAUCCUUUUCAUGAUUGUGCUCCUUAUGUUGAGUUAAAAUUCAAGAAAAGAGUUUAUAAAAUGUUACGAUUAGAUGAAAAAACACUUCGUUCUGUCCAUUCAAAAAGUAAUUUACGUAAAUUCUCUGAGGCUGUACAAAAUAAAAAUAUUCAAAAAUUGGAUCGUUUAUGUCAACAGGGAUUAGAUCCAAACUUUCACGAUUCUCAUGGAGAAACUCCUCUUACUUUGACUUCUGGUAUUCCAGGAAGUCAGCAAGUAAUUGUUCAGUUGGUUGGUGGUGGUGCUCAUUUAGAUUUUAGAAAUACUGAGGGGCAGACAGGAAUGCAUAAAGCCGCAUUUCUUUCUGUUGCUGAAAAUGUUCGUGUUUUGCUUGAAUUGGGUGCUUCUCCAAAUUAUAAAGAUUUAAUUGGAUUAACUCCUCUUUAUUAUAAUAUGCUUAAUGCUGAAUCUAAUGCAGAAGUAACAGAAAUGUUGUUAGCUGAGGCAGCUGAUUUAGAUAUUGCUUGUAAAAACGGACUUUGUAAACAUACAGAACAAUUAAUUUAUUAUGGGGCAAAUAUAGAUGCCCGUAAUAUUAACGGGAAUACUCCCCUUCAUGUUUGUGCAGUCAAUGGACGUGUAGAAUGUGCUCAAUUAUUGUUAUAUAGAGGUGCUGAUCCUUCUUUAAUUAAUGGAAAUAAUCAAACUGCUGUACAAGUUGCCCAAAUUGUUGGGAAUAUGGCUGUAGCUAAUGUUAUUCUUGGUCAUUCCCCUCAAAGUGUUGGUAAGGAAAAGUUUUUUUAUAUUUUUAGAAUUGUCAAAAGUUUUUUUUAUAAAUUUUUAGAAUUAUUUUUCAUAAUUUUACACAAAAAAAAAUAUUUUUUUUAA